AUGAAGAGGAGCACUCAUAAGUUCAGUCGGCCGGUCAGAGAGGAUGGCGGUUCUGCCAGCACCGAGCCACCCAUGGCUGCACGUGCAAAGAGCGGCGUGUCUCAUCUCUACAAAGCUACAAAGAAGUCAUGUGAACUUUUCCUCCAUCUCUUCUUCAUCGCUCUCAGUGUUUGGUUUCUCUUUCUGUUCCUCAACACCUACAUGACCAUCACAGCAAAGCUACAGACACCUGCAGAACUCGGUCCUGUGUUGGACCCUGAUGACCUGAGCCCAGAGCUCAAACAGGCCUUGGAGCAGUGGCUCGCUGGGCGUAUCAAGGAGUACGAUAUGAUCCGGCUGUUGGACCAACGCUGCUCCUCAGACUGUGGACGACCCGUUGCCGACAAAAUGCCCGAUUUUGCCCUGGAGUCUCUCGGUGCUCAUGUGGUCAGACAGCGAUCUUCUAAGACCCACAGCUGUCCUUCAAAUUGCCUGACCCUGUUUGGCCUCCCCUUGUGGCAGUGCUCAGUGAGCCCACGCGUUGUUAUUCAGGGUCACCCUGUGCUGCUCUCAGGGAGGUGCUGGCCAUUUCCGGGUGCACAGGGAACUCUUUUCAUCUCCCUGUCCCACCCGGUCAGAAUUACCCAUGUGACACUGGACCACCUGCCACGCUACAACUCCCCAACUGGACGCAUGGACUCGGCGCCAAAAGAUUUCGAGAUCUACGGGACAGUCAGUGAGAAUGAAGACGGUACUCUGCUGGGGAAAUUCAUCUAUAAUCAGGAUGGCGAGCCGACGCAGACGUUUGAGCUGCCUAAACCCAGCGAUGUGCUCCAUCGUUUUGUGGAGCUGCGUGUCCUCACAAACUGGGGUCAUCCCGAGUACACGUGUGUUUAUCGCUUCCGUGUACAUGGAACCAUGACCUCCACGUGA